UUGACAGGCCCGGAAGUGGAGUAUGUGAUGACAAACACAAAAUACCAACACAACCAACACACAAAAAACAUCAGUUUAUUCCCCUUUUUCAUGCGUGAUAAGGACUCCUCUGGGACUUUAGAAAUCUAUGGCGGAAUCAGAAAAGGCUCCCUCGGUUUCCCUGCAGGAUACUUUCCCGAUCCAUUGGGCAGUUUGGCACAACGAAGUCGGACUUCUGACUCAACUGCUCGAGACAAAUCAGGGCGAUGUCCAUGCUGUUGACCCUCGUGGUAGGACGGCACUUCAUUUGGCCGUUACCCUAGGUCAUCUGGAGAGUGUACGUAUUCUCUUGCGACACAACGCACAAGUCAACGUUGAAAAUAAAGGGGGCUGGAAUGUUUUACAAGAGGCGAUUAGUACGGGAGACCCUGAGAUUGUGCAGAUCACACUGCAGCAUCGAGAUCAUCAAAGAGCAACUUCUAGAAUAUCAGGAAUACCUCUCCUGCUUGAGAAAUUGAGACAGGCUCCAGAUUUCUAUGUGGAAAUGAAAUGGGAGUUUACGAGUUGGGUGCCAUUGAUGUCGCGUAUCUGUCCUCAUGACACAUACCGAGUCUGGAAGAGUGGACCCAAUGUCAGGAUAGACACAACUCUUAUUGGAUUUGAUAACAUGACAUGGCUACGAGGAAGCCGUAGUUUCAUCUUCAAGAGUGAAGACGAUAACAAGUUUCACUUCAUGGAGAUUGACCAUGACAAGAAGGUUGUUUAUUCCGAGCUACUUGAACUUCAACCCCGCCAUGACCUUUCCCGUAUGCGUCCCUCGGAGGAUGCCAUAGCAACCAGAUUAACCUCAUCUAUAACCAACACCUAUAUCGACACUGGCAAGAUAGAAUUUACAAGAAACAAAGCAGGUAUCUGGGGCUGGCGGCACGACAAAGUGGAAGGCAUCAAUAGUUAUGAUUGCAAAGUCUUCAGUGCCUCAAAUGUACAACUCAAUACCAAGACACGAUCCGAACAUCUCACCAAAGAAGACAAAGAGAAAAAUAAACAAAAUACCAGUGUCUUCACUUCACCGCUGCAGUCUCUGCUCGGAGUUGCCGAGCAGCAGCAAGAAGAAGUGUCGGGUCAAGCGACUGAUGUAUUAUCGGUAACCAACCCAGUUAACCCAACGGAUAUUAAACCAGAGGAGUAUUUUGAUGCCGAUAUGGACCUGGGGACCAGGGACAUUGGUCGACCGAAAGAACUCUGCUGUAAAGUGCAGAAAUUCCGCGCCACCCUCUGGCUGAGUGAAGACCACCCUCUAUCAUUGCAGGAACAGGUAUUACCCAUUAUUGACUUAAUGGCCAUCAGCAACGCUCAUUUUGCCAAACUCAGAGACUUUAUCACGUUGCAACUCCCCGCCGGUUUCCCUGUCAAGAUUGAAAUUCCUCUAUUCCAUAUUCUGAAUGCCUGUAUUACAUUCGGCAACCUUUACGCCAAGCAAGAACCCGUCGAGGGUGUUACCAACGUCGUUGUCGAAGAUCUGGAUAACCCUGACCCCGUCCCAGUGGCUGAAGCCAAAGAGGCUGACCCAGACAGGGACGUAGACGCGACCGUCGAGCCACCCAUGAUGGUCUGCUCGGUUGACCCAUCUGUGUUUGAGGUACCAGAGGGUUAUGGGUUGUAUCAGAGUCAGAGUCGGGAGGUACGCUAUGGUGAAGAUGAGUUAUUGCAGCUUGCUAUACAGCAGAGUUUAAUGGAGGGAUCUAGCGACCCUGAUCAGAUGGCCAUCUUGGAUUCUAUGGGCAGAGAGUCCUCAUCGAUGCGGGGCAUUGAAGAUCAACUUCUUGAAAGAGCAAUCAAAGAAAGUCUCCUCAGCAGCACACCAGGCGGCGACGCCCCCAUUGUGACCUCUGACCCAGAACCAACUCCAAACGCUAUCUCAUCCUCGGUAAAUUCUUCCGCCAAUCUACCGGAGCCAAGACCCGCCCCUUCCAGGCCGCAAGGGGAUGUUGACCAGCUACAGCUUGCCCUCCAGCUGUCCCAACAGGAUCUGAUGGAGGUGGAGCAACGCCGAAAACAAGAAGAGGAGGAGCUAGCUAUGAUACUACAGCUGUCACUCACUGAGAAAUGACACAACCACUCAUUAAUAUUCAACAAUCUCAUAUGAAUAUUCAGAUAUAUAUAUAAAUAUGUAUUUAUAUGUGUUUUUUCUUGUUCAUUUUGAAAGAUUCAUCAUGUUUGUAUAUAAUAUUGUAUAGUGUGUAAGAUGUUUUAUUUUAUCUUUGUGUGUCAAAGUCAUUGUUGCAUGCCUUUGUUAGAGAUCGCUUGUACAUGUACUUCAUGUAUUUUCACUGUAGUACAUUUCAAUGUAACUUUUUAUUGCAAUGCGUAGUGUUUAGCCACACAAAUUUUACUCUGUUUGGACUUUGGCUUUGUAAGAAUUGGUGGCUACAGCUGCGGUUAUGGCUACAUUUUCCGCGUCAUCAUGCUUUGGAUUAGAGUAUGUCCUUAGCAACAUCCUUGGCAGUAGCCGCAGCCAAAGCUAGCCUCUGAUUUGACCUAGCUUUUGCUUUUUUUGAGCAUGUGCUUCUUGUUGCUUGGUAUUUGCACAAUAGGAAUUAAGAAACUGUUUCUAUCAUUAAAUGUGAGACAAAAAUACUGUGAUAAUCUGCUUUUUACGUUGAAAAAAUAUUUGAAAUGAUUAUAGGCUUAAAAUUAAAAAAAUUACAUUCUUUCUACUAGUUUUGUUGUAACAUCUUUCUGGUUCACUGGAUUUGAGGCUUUGCGUCAACAAAUUACGUUUCAUGAGAAAUUAUCACUAUAUAUUUCCUCAAUAGUCGGUGAUCGAUCAAAAAGUAUUAUUAACAGCUUUGUUUCCUGCAGCUGUGAAGAUCAGGAACAGCCUACCAUCAUCGGUUAUCUCAGACAUUACUACCCAGGGCAUGCAGUCAUUCAAAUGUAGAGUAAAUAAAUACCUUAAGUAACGUCCUGUUUUACGGCAAUUAUGAUUUCAGGUGAUGCUAGUUGUUGUGUCUCUCAUCACUUUCUAGUGAGUGAGGCAUAGUCCAAUAACCCUUCUAUUUCCUUUCUUUUUUUCUUUUUUUUAUCGUGGGAUGGUCUGUUGAAAUAAGCACUUAGCUAUCACUAUGGAAUAUUAUGCUUGUUUUUCAUGGGGCACUCCUUAAAAAAAAAAAAAAAAAAAAAA